AUGUUUCUCCUAAAGCUGUGGAGCUGCCUGGUGAAGAUCUCCCUCAUUCUCUCGAUUGUUAUACGGAGCACAGCCGCAGGCUCGUCGUUCUUCCGCAACAGAUUGUCUGCAAGUCCAGAGUACCGCCACCGCCACGCGUGUCCGGCGCGUUGUAGCGACUCGGGUCCCUCCUCUCGCACUUGGCAGGUCUAUCGCACGAUCGAUCGGUUCUCCGCAUGUGACGAGGCCAUCUUCUACGAUUUCGCCUUGAGUGAUCGCGUUGAUGACCCUGAGACCAACCACCAAAUUUAUGCCUGUAGCUCUUAUGGCUCCGACUGGAGCAACCUACCAGCAGACCUCAGCGGCGAGGCCCCUACCCCUUGGUCUUCUUCAGGAAACGCGACGUACCAAAUCGGUUCGUGGCCAGAUAAAACCGGGUUGGCUGCGGGAGCAUACUCAUCUACGAUCAUCUCGCAGAUUCGGUCCUAUCUCAGCAAUGGCUUUGCCCCCGUCAAGGGUCCCACGAUUAUUAUGGCUUCCAUAGGUCGCGCGUCAGUCGGUGUCUGGAUCGGAGAGGGUCUCCAAAAUCAAGGCAUCGGCGACUUCGCUCUCAAGGCUUUAGAAAAUGCCCUUUCUACACACGACUACUCGCACGGCGUACAGGUUGCGAUGCAGUACUGUCUGCCGAAACAGUCUUCUGACCACAUCUUCGGAUAUAUUGCGACCGGCGACGGCACCUUUGGCGUUGUUCAAGACACCCUCAAGCAAUGGGCCGAUGCCAAGUGUCUCACGAUUCCUUCCGUGAGCGAUAUCGUUGGACCUGCUGUCUUCAACACCCGGCCCUUCGAUCCUAUCCAAGCCCUGUCUGACAAUUCGACGCGGAGCGCUGCCGCUGCGUCCAGCAAUGCGACCACAGUGACAAGUGCUGCGACCUUCCCCAACUCUACGAGUGAGUGUAGGACUGUCGCUGUCGCAUCUGGUGAUUCUUGUGCUUCUUUAGCGCAGCGUUGUGGCAUCAGCGGAGCUGACUUCACGAAGUACAAUUCUGCCUCCAAUUUCUGUGCGACCUUGCAGCCUUAUCAGCAUGUAUGCUGUUCAUCCGGAACAUUGCCGGAUUUCGCUCCUCAACCGAAUAGCGACGGUUCGUGCGCUACCUACACUGUGGCCGCUAACGACAAUUGCGCGGUCAUUGCCGCGAAAUACUCUCUUACUGUAGACAAGAUCAGCUCGUACAACACCAAGACUUGGAGCUGGCAAGGAUGUCAAAACCUGUGGCUCGGCACGAUUAUGUGCAUCAGCUCUGGGAAUCCACCUAUGCCUGCUGCUGUUACCGGCACAGUGUGUGGACCUCAAGUGCCAGGUACUGCUAAGCCUGGCGCUGGAGUCGACCUCGCAUCCUUGAACCCAUGCCCUCUGAAUGCAUGCUGCGACAUCUUCGGUCAAUGCGGAACUACCGCUGAAUUCUGCACUGUCUCACAGAGCUCUACUGGUGCGCCUGGUACUGCUCAACCCGGACAGAAUGGGUGCAUUUCGAACUGCGGCACCCGGAUCGUGCGGAGUAGCGCUCCAGCUGUGUAUCGCAGCCUAGCAUUCUACGAAGGAUACAACCUUGGACGACCUUGCCUCUACCAAGCGGCAUCUCAGCUAGACACGACAUCGAGUACCCAUAUCUUCUUCUCCUUCGGGGUCUUUGACGACAAAUACAGCAUCAGUGUCGGUGAUACCUUGAGCAACUUUGAAUUCGAGGGUUUUAAACGACUUUCAGGGGUCAAGAGAGUUUUGUCCAUCGGUGGCUGGACGUUCUCUACAGACCCAUCGACGUACUUCCUAUUCCGGAACGGAGUGCUUCCUGCAAACCGCCAAGCACUAGCUAACAGCAUUGCUAAUUUCGUCAACAGCCACGGCCUAGAUGGAGUCAACCUUGACUGGGAGUACCCUGGGGCACAAGACAUCCCCGGAAUUCCUGCCGCUAGCCUCGACGAGGGAGCCAACUACCUGGAACUUAUCAAGUUACUUCGUGGACUUAUGCCAGACAAAGAGAUCUCUGUCGCUGCACCUGCAUCUUAUUGGUAUCUCAAAGGCUUCCCGAUCAAACUCAUGAGCGACUAUUGUGACUACAUUGUCUACAUGACAUAUGAUCUGCAUGGCCAGUGGGACCACAACAACCAAUGGUCCCAAAUUGGAUGCCCAGCCGGGAAUUGCCUGCGCACCGAUGUCAAUCUCACGGAAACUAUCGGUACCUUAUCGAUGAUUACCAAGGCAGGUGUUCCUUCAAAUAAGGUCAUUGUGGGUGUCACUAGCUAUGGCCGCUCCUUUGCUAUGUCGCAGGCAGGCUGUAGUGGACCUCAGUGCACGUUUACAGGUACUGCCGCAGACUCCAAAGCUACACCUGGACGUUGUACUGGAACCGGAGGCUAUUUGUCAAACGCGGAAAUUCUCGAAAUCAUUGCAGAUCGUCGUCGAAGCGGCCGCGUCAAUGCCAACUACAUUGAUCCUGACAGCCACACGAACAUUCUCGUCUACGACGACACCCAAUGGGUUGGCUGGAUGGAUGAUAACGUUAAAGCUUCUCGCACGAACAUCUACAAGAAUUUUAUGUUCGGUGGAACGGCCGAUUGGGCUACAGACCUGAGGACAUACAAUCCUCCUCCCGGCCGCUCAGAAACUUGGCCAUUUUACAUCUCCGCCAUUAACCGGGGAGUGGAUCCAGGUGCAGGUGGUGAUACCAAGGUCAAUUGGACAACUCUGGACUGCCGGCACCCAGCGGUAGCUGAUAUGGAUAAGUACACUCCAAGCCAACGCUGGGCUAUGCUCGGUUGUGGAGACGCUUUUCAUGAUGCUGUCGAGGUAUGGAAGAAGAAGGAUCGCGAUGCCAAGCAAUUUACUUUUACUGGAUCUCUAGGCAAGAAAUUCAGAGCCCCUCCAGGUCCACAGUGCGGUGCUCACGAUGCUUGCGGCCCCUUCCUCCAAUGCGACAACUUCAACGGAGACGGCACAGGGCCCGCAGCGUAUGAAGUUUGGAAUUCUAUGGUCCUAUUGAACAAGAUAUACUCUCGAAAUCGGGACGCAUUAGUCGCGGCAGCGGCCACUGUGAUCGACAACUCGAUGGCGACCUUUGAAUCGACUUUCGCGCCGAUCCCGCCACCAGAUCCUUCCCAGAAGAUGAUCGAAGAAAUCAUCGCAGUGAUCACGCUUGGCGUUUCGAUCGCUGCGGCACCCUUCUUCAACUCUGUAUUCAAGACCUUGCCACAAUUCAAGGACAAUGGAAACACACUUGGGUUCCUGAAAGACACCACGAGCGGACUGGUAACUUUUGGGUCGAAUGUGGCCAAAGCCAACAUGAAGGCCUCUGAGCGCGCCGAGUGGACUCUCAAAAAGCAAAAUGAGUUCACCAAAUACCUCGGCCAGGUCCUUCACGGCUGGAUAGCUGCGAACGAUCUCGCACUGAGCCAUUUGUUCAAUGGCGAAGAUGAAAGCAUAGAUGUCCUCACUGCUGCCAUACAAGAUGGUCAUUUGAUCUCGGGAAAAGAUGGCUCAGUCCCGGAGACUUGGGCAGUAGAUCUCCAGUAUCAGCUCGAGGAUGAUAUCGCGACGGCCUUCUACGGCAUGGCUGUUCCUGCCCUGUGGUAUGCUGCGGGUAAUGCCCCAUUCAUAAUCGAUUCAGGCUACCGCUGUGGUGUGGUAGAUCCCCUUGGGAAAUACCUCGCCACAGACACCAUGCACAAAACAGCAGUCUGUGUCGACGGCGACUUGUACUACAUUGCCUCGCCGCAGGGCAAAGCUCGCCUGACCAUUAUCCCGCCUCGGGGACCGCCACAAGGAGCUCCCAACAAAUUCUCCAUCCCACCAGGACUCAACAGCCUGGACGGAUCUCAAUGGGCCAAACUCAAGUGGGAACAGAUCGCCAUCGGCUCCGUAAAGACGUGGAAAACGAACAGCCGUCAGAACGGCGGUGCUCCACCGGACUUGUCAAACCCCGGCUCGCUCAGUGACCUCGCAAACAAAGACCUUACCACGCCCGGCUUCUUCCGCCUGCCCGUCUGCAGCCCCUCCAUGGCCUAUUUGGCGUGGAACAAUCCCAACCUCGUGGACAAAACGGACCACAACUACCCCUGCGUCAGCCUUCCAUAGAAUAAGGACUGCUAUGACUUCAUCUUCGAAGACGACCCGAGCGAUUCGUUACCGCCCAUCGUCAAUUGCCAAUAUUUUGCCAACAGCAUUACGGGCAAUCAAUGGCGGAGCGGCAUGCGAGUAUCGGGCCCCUCAAGCAGCUCGUGAGUGAGCAAUGACUUGUGCGCAGUCGGCACACAAAACGAUGGCUUCAAUGGCCCCGUCACCAUGAGAUGCACAGGCAAUGUCGGCAACGCUCCGGUGAAGAUGGAGUCCUGGAUGAUUGAGCUAGAGUAUGGGAUAUAGCAUGGGUUGGUGAGCGAGCUCGUUCCCCGAACAUUUUCGCUAGCCCUAUAGACUUAAAAUAUGAUGCCUCGCCACAAAU